AUGAAAGUGUUUGACAGGGAUAAAGUCAAAAAUCAACGAACCGGACGAAUUGAAUAUAAACGAAAGGAGCAAAAUUAUACUCAAAUAUCAUUAGCAACCGGUAGUGGUAAAUCUACUCACUUUCCUCGUUGUCUAGCAUUCCGAGGGCUAGACAAAAGUGAGUUUGCGGCAAAUCCUAGCCUCGAAAAAGGAGUUACUUUGGUAGUUCCUAAUGAUGAACUGGCUGAAAAUCUAAGAAAAAGCCAUACUGAGUGA